AAUCAUUACCUUAUCGGCCCCGAUCGAUAGUGGAGUUGGUGCUCACCUCUCGUGUCCAUACACCAGAACGGGUAUUCAAUGUCUGUUUGCGAGUGCAGCGUAGCGUACUUAUACCUUGUGGCACGAUAUCUGAUGAGUCCUUCCACGCCGUUUCGUCUACCUAUCGUACGAUCAGAGUUCGCUGGUCAGCACGUCUCUCGUCUGCUAACGAUAGAGAAGCCUCGAACAUACCAUCGCUCGCAAACAUGGCCACCGCAGCAGUCGUCUCCCAGCCGCCUAUGCCAAAGCCGCACUUCAAGCCCAUCAUUCAUAGGCAGACCGCCAAGCGGAAGCUCGACAAUGUCGCAUUCGAUCCGACACGGCAUAUUGCCUUCCAACCGCCUGAGUCCAUUAUGAUGUUGAAGGACAUCGGCUUUGAGGGUAAGAGCCCAUUGUCUCCGGUUGCAGCCUCACAACCGUUUCGGAUGUUCUCCGCGGAGUGCAUUGAGAAGUUCCGGGAUGAAGUACUCAGCGAUGAUGUGAUGAAGAACUGCUCUCACAAGAGCAACUUGUCCGCCUGUCAACUGAGAGGUUAUGCUCCAAAAUACGCACCCUUCAUCUUCGACGCUUGGCACCACCCGGAAACUCUGGCCAUUGUCUCAAAGAUUGCAGGCGUCGACCUGAUUCCGGCACUGAACUAUGAGAUCGGUCACGUGAACAUCUCCGUGAAGAGCGAAAAGGAAGCCUCGGAUGAGCGAGCCAUUGUCCAGCGAGAGCGCGACUCACAUGCAGCAGAUGAGGGUAUUGCUGGCUGUCCAUGGGAAGACGACAAGCCCAUUGUCGGUUGGCACAACGACUCUUACCCUUUUGUUUGCGUCGUCAUGUUGAGCGAUUGUACGAACAUGAUUGGUGGCGAGACUGCGCUUAGAACUGCGGACGGGAGCGUUAUCAAAGUCCGAGGACCGGAGAUGGGUUGCGCAGUGGUUAUGCAAGGUCGCUACAUCACUCACCAAGCAUUGCGUGCUCUAGGCGCUCAAGAACGCAUUGCUAUGGUCACGUCGUUCAGACCGAAGUCCCCUUUCUUACCUGACGAUACUGUGAUGACCACCAUCCGUGGCAUCUCAGAUCUGUCAGAGGUAUACUACGAGUACGGCCGGUACCGACUUGAGAUUCUGGAGGAGCGAAUCCGCGCGCAAUUGAAGCAGACCCGGGAAGCACACACUGCUGGGAAGAAGACCAACACGCGCGCUAUCAAGAGCUUCCUGGCGGAGCAGGAGGCUUUCAUUCAGCAGACUGACCGGGAGAUCGUCAACGAUGAUGAAGUAGUGGCGGGCUUCCAACCGGUUGUGGACAUCCCAGACGUCAAGCUGCCCACACCUCCGGCAGAGAGCGGGCAAGUGUCGAAGAGAGUGAAGGUUUAGACGGUGAAUGGUCGCUGUUGGUUCCUGCAUUCAGCGUUAUGUAUUGCAUUGGCGUUCAGGCUAAAUUGUUUGAGUGGCGAUGACAGCAUUCGAAAGGAUCGCUCAGUCUGU